GCACUGGUGGGUGGGCACAGGUGGGUGGGCACAGGUGGGUGGCACUGCUGGACACAGGUAGGUGGCACUUCUGGGCACAGGUGUGUGACACUGCAGAGUGGCACAGGUGGGUGCACUGCUGGGCACAGGUGGGUGCACUGCUGGGCACAGGUGGGUGCACUGCUGGGCACAGGUGGGCGGAACUUGCGGGUGGCACUGCUGGGCACCGAUCAUCAGUGCACUGAUCAUCAGUGCCCUGAUGAUCGGUGCCGAUCCCCGCUCUGACAACUGCCGGUUCUCAGCAGUACUUUCCUCACGAUCUGACAGCGUGAGGAAAGUGCAGCCGAGAACCGGCACUUGCAU